AUGGCGGACCGGCUGCGCAACGUGCAGACGGAGGCGUGGCGGCGCAUGGAGUGGGUGCAUGACGAGGCCGAGCUGGCGUGGGAGGCGUACAACGAGUGCUUGCUGUUGCGGUCGGGGGGCGCGGGGGGUGGUGGUGUGAAGGAGGGGGUUGAUGAGGAGGGGAAGGGGAAAGGGGUUGCUGGGGUUGAGGCUGGGGGUGGUGUGGUUGAUGAGAGUGGCGCGGCGGAUUUGGUGGAGAAGGUGUCGUGGUUGAAGACGGAUUGGGGGGAGCAGGAGCUGCUACGGGGGGCUGGCCGGGCUGGUAAGGGUGCAGCGGGCACCUCUAGCGAUGCUGGUGCCUCCGCGAGGAGGAGUACUAGGAGAGGGGCGACGAAGGGUAAUGCAAUGGAGAUAGACUAA